AUGUUUUGGUAUAUUUUUAGGCAAUUGAUUAUGUUUAUGGCUUUUCCAGUGUCAGCAGCUCGAGUUUGUGUUUUUCGUCUUGAUAUGAGCUGCGACACUCAACAAACGUUUCAUAAAUAUUUAGCAUGUCGAUCAGAAAAUUUUGUCGGCACGACAAAAUGUGCAAUAUUUUGCGAUUUUGAAGACGCGUUGAUGAAAAUGUAUAUUUCGAAUCAUAAAAACACUUUGGCCGAGAAAUAA